CUUCUCUUUCUCUCUCUCUUUCUUUCUUUCCCUAUUUUCCGUUCUCGCCUCGUUUGUCAUUACAUCUCUGAGUGUACAGUACAAUUGCAGGCUCUAUUGUCCUCAAUACCACUGUUUUUUGCAUCUUUCCAAUCUCCCUCCUCCACAACGCACAACACCACAGUAUCAUGAGUGUUGCCGUACCUGCAUAUAAAAAUGCCUGUAUUGCGCCCGAGCGUUCCGGUGCAGCGGUCUGGCUGAUAGGAGUUUCGCCUGUAUCUGAAGGUCGCUUGGAGGCCUAUACUGUCAGCCUGUCCAACAUCAACGCUCCUACUGCCACACUUGUUGCGAGCCAGCUUGACGUCUUAGCUUGGAGUAGCCAGGCCGAGAAGGCAUGUUUCAACUUCCCAGGAUUAGGCCCCAGCAUGAGCAGCCCUAUUCUCCUGCAGCAAUUUGGCCCAAAAUCUUAUUUCACCAACAUUUUUCCAAACGGCACAUUCGAAUCUGCAGCUAACUUUCAAUCAAUGGGCUUUGUCUCGCCAAGGUUGGCCAGUCUCUCCGGCGCUGUGGGGGACCUAAACUGGCUCACAGCUGUUGCGAACGUAUCCUCUGUGCGGACAAAUUCUCCUUGGACUGGCGUGCGUUUGAACGGAACUGAUUUAUACAACAGUGUUCAAGAUUAUAUUCUUACUCAGUACCCGACCAGUAACCCACUUUUGUCAGUUGGGGCUUAUGUGCCAUCUUCCAACACCCCGGCUCAAGGGUAUCAUAUUGUUUUUGACAAUAUCGGGGGUGGAGUGGCCUACACGACCCUGGCCUCUGCCGGGUCUAUUGUAUCGAACCUUGAUCGAAUCCUAUCUCUUUCCAACCCUCAGAGCGUGGACAUGAAUGGUAUCAAACUGACAAAAGAUGCCAUUCCGAUCACUAUGGCGUCGGUCGCCUAUAUUCUGGAUCGAGCAUUAGAUGGCUCUUGCGUCCUUUAUACUCUGAACCCUAGUCAGUCUAUGCAACUCCAGCGUGUACCUAUCAAGGGCGAUGUCCCCCCAUUCUCUGCUUCUAUUGCAGCAACUAUUCUGAAUUCGCGAAUUGUGAUUUAUGGAGCCUCGAGCGGUACCACUGCUACAUCCAGAUUCAAUGCAUUUGACACGGUUGAUGGUACUUGGAGUGGACCUGGAUUGGUUAAAGUAAACGUGACUCCUUCUAAUGGUUCAACCCCCUCAGGUGGUCAACCCGCACCAACGUCCAUAAGUCCCUCUGGUGAUCCUGACAAAGGAGCUCCCUUGGGCGCAAUCAUUGGAGGUGUUGUUGGCGGUUUAGUUUUGAUUGCUCUAGUUGCGUUCCUGGCUAUCCGUCAUCGUCGUAAACCUAAGCCUGCCUCUACAGCCAUAACAGUUGCAACGACAGGAGAUGCCGGGCCAGUAAUGGCAGCAGCGGCAGCAGGAGCGGGAGCAGCAUUUAGCGUCCCAGGAAAGAACGAUGGGUUCCUUACCAAUCAACCUCCCAUGCAACAAAGCUAUAGCCCCCUUCAGCAGAACCAACAACAGUCGAUACAGCAGGCACAAUUCUCCCAACAGCAACAGCAACAGCAAUAUAAUCCUCACCACUCGUACAUUCCACCAGCCUAUGUUGAGCCUGCCAAGGAUGGAUCUGCAUCGUCUCAGCAGCAGCAAAGUCCCGUUCUUUUCCAAAAUCAGCAGCAUCAUUCGUAUGUGCCUCCUACAAUAAAUGCUAAUGCACAACAACCAGCACAACCAAACAUUUUCCAGCCUCAGAGUGAGGCCUCUAGCAACCCCAGGUAUAGCCAUGCGACCUACACUCCAUCAGUUAGCACACCUCAGGCCUCAUAUACCCUUGCCAGUCAAGUGCAUACCUCUCCAACAGGUGCAACCUCUGGCCCUCAGCAUUUCUAACUUCCAAAAAAAUAAGGAUACGUUUAGUGAAAGUGCGAUAUCAGGAAAAGAAUGAUAUUUUCCACUCUUCAAUUAUAAGAAUUGAACAAAAAAGCAAAAACACAGACAAAUAAG